AUGGUCAAAGAAUUAGAACUUUCGACGAAUGAAAGAGAAUUGAUUAUAUCGGGAUUAAAGGAGGGUAUCCGUCUUGAUGGACGUGGUAUAGAUGAUUUUAGAUCAUUAAAGAUUACUCUUGGACCAGAAUAUGGACGCUCAGAAGUUAAGCUUGGUGCUACAAAAGUAUUGGCUAAAGUUUCAUGUGAAGUUGCCCGACCGUACCCUGAACGUCCGAACGAAGGAAUUCUAACUUUGAAUACAGAACUGUCACCAAUGGCGUUCACAGGUCUUGAGCCAGGAAGACCUUCGGAGGAAGAAGUUCUUGUGAGUAGAAUUCUUGAAAAAGCCAUAAAAAUAAACCGCGCAGUUGAUGUUGAAGGAUUAUGCAUCGUUGCUAAUGAAUUAGCGUGGUCGAUUCAUGUUGAUGUACAUUUUCUUGAUAAUGAUGGAAAUAUCAUUGACGCCGCAUGUAUCGCUGCAAUCUCAGCGCUCUCUCAUUUUCGGAGGCCUGAUGUCACAGUUAUUGGAGAAGAUGUCACAAUAGUAUUUUUCAUUAUUUCAAAUUCGAAACAUCCAGUUGAUCAAAGGAAUCCAGUUCCUUUGAGUAUCCAUCAUACGCCAAUCUGUGUUACUUUUGCAUUUUUUGAAAAUGGAGACUUAUGGGUAGUUGACCCCUCCUUGAAAGAAGAGCAAAUUCGUCGAGGUGACAUGAUAAUGGCAAUAAAUAAUCAUAAAGAAAUUUGUGUCUUAUCAAAGGCUGGUGGAAUACCUCUUGAAAUGCAUACUAUCAUACAAUGUUCCAAGCUCGCAGCUAGUAAAGUAGAUUGGGUUAGAGAAAGAAUUCAUGCAGCAUUAGUCAAUGCUGCUGAAAUGGAAAAACGGUGA